AUGGAGGACCUUCAAGGUGACAAGCUGUGCUGCCAUCACCGGGCCCACUCUUCGUACAAGUAUGCUGAUACCUUCAGUUGUACCAUGGAGGGUGCCCGUGAGUUCCUCGCGGAACUUGCUUCCGCAGCAGAGGCGGUCGCGCUGCUGCAGGCGGCGGAGAAGGUUUGGAGUACUUCGAGAGCCGCGAAGCACACGGUCUGCUCCAAGACGUGCCUCGUCGGGCGGGGCGUGAUCCAUGCGGACCCGGCUGCGCUCAGCGCGGCGCUGGAGGCCGUGCCGAAACAAAACGCAGCACAGGGGCGAGAUGUGCAGGUUCUGGCACGGCACAUGUGGAGAGUGCUGCAGACAAGGCCAUCUUCGUGGCCUUACCGCCGGCAGACGAUCCAGCAGCUCUGCUGCAGAGAAGCGGAGACGGAGGCCAUGAUGGCCGAGGAGAAAUUGGCCAGGGAACUCCGAGCCCGUGAGCAGCGCGCACGCCAAAGGGAGCAGGAAGCCUUGCAACGAGAACGCCGCCGGGAGCAAGAAGCGCUGCGCUUGGCUAGGGAGCGCGAGCUGCAGUGGGCUCGACAAGAAACCGGGCCCCGGUGCCAGGGCUGCGGAAUCCAAGGCAGCAGCGCCUUCAGCAUCAGCCAGCUGAGGAAGCCUUGCCCAAACUGGGGGCUUUUCCCGUGUCAAUCAUGCAAAAGGAGGAAGGGCGAUUUCAGGCGCCGCUGCAAGUGGUGUAUCUUUGACCAGCAGCAGCCUGCCAAGAAGGCCCGUGUGGAGUGA